AGUCACCCUGUAUAAAUAUAUAUAUAUAUACAUAUACACCGCCCCGUGUGGGUAGCAAUCCCCACUCUGACGCCCAGCGACUUUAAUUUUAGGGGAAAACGUAAUAACGUUCGAUCCAUUUGGGAGUCAUUCUGUGGUGCGAGGUAUGUGAUUCUCGUACCAUGCAGUUCGACGCAGAUAUGAGGUCCGAGCAACACCGUGGAAACUUGUGGUCGAAGUCGGUGUCGCGUGCGUCGUUCUAGCGGCAACGGCGGUGGCAACGGCGGCGGCGGCGGCGGCGGCGGCGGUGGUGGCGGGGAAUCGCGCGUUAUUAAUGCUGAUUUUGGGGAAAAACGGUGUCACUGUCCCCGUAGAUGACGGCCCGCCGACUCCCGCGGGACGUACACGGGACGGCUGUACAUUGACCACGGCCGCGCGUCGCUGCGCACGAAUCUCCGGUGCGGACGGGCGCGGCCCGGCCGGAUUCGCGCCGUGCCGGCAGCUCGCCGGGCCCGGUAGCCCUGCCGAAAUUUCCGUCCACGCCGGAGUCAAUGAACCAAUAAGCGGUGGAAAGAGAUCGCUGUGGACCAAUGGGGUAUGGCUGCGCCGUGGCGAUGCUUAGGGGCCCGCGCGCUCUUCCUCAAAAUUGUGUCUUUCCGAUCCACGGCGAACAGAAGUGGCAAGGAGGCUCGUACAUGGCGCGGCCGCGCAGCCGUCGAGAUCGCGCGCCUACUUGGCAUUUCUGUGUCCCUACUCGCCGCUCGGUUAAAUUGUUGAUUAUGUCCAUUCUGCCCGUUGACUGUAGAUUACCAACGCAGGCCGCGUGUAAAUUAGCGCGUGGAGAAAGAGCGGGGAUGACCAAGAUGGUAGGCCGACGGCACCGACGGUUGCUUAGCACCGCAUAUAUCGGGUACUCGAUCGAAUUGCUGACUGUUCUACUCACUCUGUCGAGGGGAGUGACUUGUCGUUUUGACAUUACGACAUCAUGCAUGGCGAUAAUGCGUUGCUUCUCUGCCCGUUUGACAAGUCAAGUUCUUCAAAGUGGCCUGUUCUUUCGAGAGAUGUCGCGCGCACGGGUCAGGGUACGGAGCCUCCUUAGCUCACAUGUACUCCUGAUAGGUGUGAACCACGGCGCCGCGUGCCGACGCAACCCAUUGGACCUUCGAAGGAGAGACGCUACCAUGACUACGAUUGCGUCUCCGUUAAUCGCACGGUCGUCGUGCGCGAGGUCGCGGCUUGCUAUCCGCGCGCGCAUACUCAACGGGAGGGAAAAAAAAUGGCAGCGGUGGGAUUCGAACCCACGCCUCCGAAGAGACUGGUGCCUUAAACCAGCGCCUUAGACCGCUCGGCCACGCUACCGUUGACGAUAGAUCGAUCUAUUUUUUGGUUGUUGUCGCGUGACCGCCAGAAAACUGGAGUGCAUCUCACGUCCUUGGUCUUGUUCAACGCGACUGCAGGCGAAAAGUGGAGGAAAAUUCGACAGAGAGGACAGAAACUUUUUUUUUCUGGGGAAAUAAAAUAUAGCGCGCAGUUUUUGCGCAAAAAGCGACUAUUCUCUUUAUCUCUUUGUAAUAUUGUUUAUCUCGGAAUAAAAUGUAUUAUUCACGCAUGUACGUUAUUCUCACGAGUGAAACAUGUCAGAUUUCUUUAGAUGGCGAAGAAGAGGGAAGAGAGCAGUAAAAUGAGUAAGAAAAUGUGCUCAGUGCUUUCACGGAGCGCGGAAAUGGAAAUUUCGAAAGAUGCGUAAGAAUGCCAACCGAGACGAGAUUAAGAAUUUUUCGUCCACAGCGUUGAAAUCUGAACCGAAUAAAUUUAUAGCAUCGAUUCACGUGGAGGAAUUCAAAUCCCCGGCAAAGCGAACGCCGUGAUUUCGAUCGUCGUCGUCGUUUAAUUGAUCGCCAUCGCGUCGUCCCGCCGUCGGCGAUACUCC